AUGGAGGAUGAUGACGUGCCGAUAAAUUGCUUCAAUUGUACCCUAGAAAUCUCCAACAUUCUUCAUAUGAAAUGUGCCGAAUGUCCUGUUUCAAUUUGCGUAUUAUGCUUCCAAUUCGCGGCCGAAAGUGAUAAACAUAAACGAGGUCACAAUUAUGAAAUAAUUGAUCCCGAAAAAUCAAAUGCCGCAUGCGGAGAAUGGGGAUUCAUGGAAGAAUCACGUUUGCUCAAAUCAGUUCAUCAAUUCAAAAUGGGAAAUUGGGGUGAAAUUGUGAGAAGUCUUGGUGAAGAUGCAAGAAAAGCAAAAUACGCAAAAGAAUAUUUUGACAAAGUUUUUAUUCGAGGUUGGAUGGGUCAAUUUGCUAUCAAAAAUUCAGAUUGGGAUCAUAUCAAAUAUGAAAUGAAACGAAAAGGUCAAUUGAAAGAUGUUUUAAAAUCUAGUAACUCUUCGGAAUCUGUUGAACGCCUUCUAAUGAUUCGAGAUGCACUUGUCGACAAAAAUCAACAUAUUGAUAAAGAUGAUCCUCGUAUUAUGUCAAAAGUUCAAUCAAUACUUGAAUCCUAUGUUGAUAAAUGUCUCGACGGUAAAAUCGAAAUUUUCUGGGAAAAUCCAAAUGUUCAAGCAAGUCAAUUUGAAACUGAAAUUGUUAGUGAUGAUUGUGAUCCAUCAGAAGAACCCGAAAUAAAAGUCAAAAAACCGAAAAUCGAAGCAGACAGCGAUUCAGAAACUAAUAAGGUAAAUUUAAAUAAUUUUCUGUUGAAAAUAAAACAAUUUUUUUAAUUUUCAGAAAGCAGAUGAUGAUGAAGAAGAUUUUUAUGAUAAUUAUGAAACAGCAGCUGAAGAAAGUGAUGGAGAUGAGAAAACACCAGUUUCAACGCCAAAAACAAAUGGAUGCAGUUCAACUGGAAGAAAAAGAAAGAAGAAUAAAAUAUCUUUCUGGAACACUAAAAAGUUUAGAAGACUUAAUGCCUACAAGCAUAAGAUGAAUAGAGAUACAAAAAAGAGUGAAAAGGUAGUUUUCGAAUUAAAAAAAUAAUAAUUAAUUAGUUUUAUUUUCCAGGAACUGGCAGCUUUGAGCACAAUAUGUCCAGUCGAUGAAGUUAAAGAACUUCGAAACGCUUUUCCAACUCUUUCACUCGAAAAUAAUUCAACAGGAAAGCAAAAAUGUCGUCGGCCAAUUGAAAAGGAUUUGAGUAUGCUUGGAUAUAAUGUUGAUCGAGAAGAAUUUGAACAUGAAUGGUUUAAUGAAGCUGAACAAUUAAUUAGUAGAUUGACAAUUACACCUGCACCAGCUGAAAAAGAUCAAUGGCUUGAUAUUGAAAAUGAUAUUAAAUUUGCGCGAGUUCAAAAUUAUAUUAGAGUUUUGGGAAUCCGGAAAGCAAAAAGGUUGGUUUUUUUUGUAUGUUCUGAUUGUGAAAAAAUUAUUUUCUUUUCUAGAAAUGCUAUAUUAGAGCACGAAAAAAUACAAAAGUUCUUCGAAUUCGUUCGAGAAGUUUCAAUUGGAAAACGACGAGCAUCGGAAAUUGUGUCAGAUCGAAAUGAAAGAGAAGAGCUCUUGGCUAGAAGCCAACAAUUUCUAUCAAAAAGAGGAUUAUAGCAACUUAAUUGAAACAGUUAAUGAGGCUGAUUUUUUGACAAAACGUAUCUCCAAGUUACAAGAUCUCCAGAGAAGUGGUGAGUUUUUUUCUGUGAAAAUUGAACAUUUCAAAAAAAUUUUGGGGUUAUGUUAUUCUGUAAACUUUACAAUUUUCAGAGAUAAUUCGAAAACUCAACAAUUAUUUCUAUGGUUAAACCGUAGUUUGUUACUAGAAUUUUUGUUUGAAUUUGUUUUUUUUUCAAUAAAAAAUAGUUAAGAUUCUAUUUUCUUUCAAAUUUUUCCGUUUUCAAUCAAAGAUUCUCAUAUUUACCAGGAAUAUUUACUAUGAAAGAUCGAAAAUCCAAAAAUCAAUGAUUUUUUUUGCAGGCGAUACCUCAUUGAAACAUGUUCCACCAGAAGUUCAUCGAAAAAAGAAAAUCAGAAAAACGGACCACGAAAAGAACAAACGUGGAAAACUGGAAUGGGCAAAAUAUGCGAGAUGGCAUCAAAAUACAGUACAAGAUAUGGAUUAA